AUGUCGUUCCGCGACCUCCGCAAUUUCACAGAGAUGAUGAGAGCCUUAGGGUACCCUCGGCAUAUUUCUAUGGAGAAUUUCCGCACGCCCAAUUUUGGACUUGUAUCCGAAGUGCUGCUGUGGCUUGUGAAAAGGUACGAACCGCACACAGACAUCCCUUCUGACAUUGAGACGGAACAAGACCGAGUGUUCCUCAUUAAAGCGAUUGCCCAGUUCAUGGCCACCAAAGCCCAUAUAAAACUCAACACUAAGAAGCUUUAUCAAGCAGAUGGGUAUGCAGUUAAAGAGCUCCUGAAGAUAACAUCUGUCCUAUAUAACGCGAUGAAGACCAAACGGAUGGACAGCUCCAAAGUAGGAGAGGAAGACAUCAGCAAGUUCCAGUUUGAUCUUGGCUCAAAGAUUGCGGAUUUGAAAGCAGCCAGGCAGCUUGCCUCUGAGAUCACCUCCAAAGGCGCGUCCCUGUACGACUUGCUGGGCAAGGAGGUGGAGUUGAGGGAACUGCGAACAGAGGCGAUUGCCAGACCUCUGGAAAUAAAUGAGACGGAAAAAGUGAUGAGAAUUGCAAUCAAAGACAUCCUGGCCCAGGUGCAGAAGACCAAAGACUUGCUCAAUAACGUGGCCUCUGAUGAAGCGAAUUUAGAAGCCAAAAUUGAAAAGCGAAAGCUAGAACUGGAGAGGAAUCGAAAGCGACUUCAGACUCUGCAGAGUGUCAGGCCCGCCUUUAUGGAUGAAUACGAGAAGAUUGAGGAAGAACUGCAGAAGCAAUAUGAUGUCUAUCUUGAGAAAUUCCGCAACCUGACUUACCUGGAGCAGCAGCUUGAAGAUCAUCAUCGGAUGGAGCAAGAGAAGUUUGAGGAAGCUGAGAACACGCUCCGUCUGAUGCAGAGUAAGCUAAAGGAAGAAGAAAAGCGCCUGUUGAAGAGUGGAAGUAACGAGGACUCGGACAUCGACAUUCAGGACGAUGAUUCCGACAGUGAGCUGGAAGAGAGGCGGCUGUCUAAGCCCCGCACGGCCAUGGAGGUGCUCAUGCAAGGGAGACCCAGCAAGCGCAUCGUGGGCACAAUGCAGGGCGGAGACUCGGAUGAUGAUGAUGACUCAGAAGACAGUGAAAUUGACAUGGACGAUGAUGAAGAAGACGAUGAUGAUCUGGAAGACGAGAGCAUCGUUCUGUCCCCAGCCAAGCCCAGUCGCAGGAUCCGCAAACCUGAGCCCCUGGAUGAGAGUGACAAUGACUUCUGA